UGUUUGCUGGGUAGUGUUUCUUAUCACGAGCCAACGUCACUCUCCGAACUUUGAUAUAUCCCUAUUCUUCUUCUUCUUUUUGUCAUUUUAAACCAGCCUAAUAUUUUUCCUUUUAUUCCAAAACAUUAAGCUAGCUGGCUAAACAGCGUUUUCCAUCAUGUCGUCUGUCGGGGACACCGACUCGGCCAUGAACGACCGAGGCAUCAGCCUCGUCGGUUUCAUUACCGCGCUAGCUGCUUCGUUGGUCGUUUUCGGAAUUCAGAUGGGCUUGUUCUUACUAUUGCGGAAUAAGUUGGCUCGAAUCUUUAAGCCAAAGACGUACCUUGUACCCGAGCGUGAGCGGACUGAUUCCCCACCGAGUAGCCCAUGGGGCCUGAUUCUGUCGUUAUUCCGGCUUCGAGAUCGCGAGAUCAUUAACAAGUGUGGUCUUGAUUCGUAUUUCUUUCUCCGCUAUCUGCAGACCAUGUUGAUUAUCUUCAUUCCUAUGGCGACUGUCAUUAUACCCAUUCUCGUACCCAUUAACUAUGUCGAUGGAAGAAGCCACAAUUUCACCACAAACAGCACGAAUUCUACAGAGCCUGAUGUUACAGAUAAUCAAGGCAAUAGUAUCAGCGGCUUAGACACUCUGGCAUGGGGAAAUGUGAAAGAUGAGAAUUAUCGAAGAUAUUGGGCCCAUCUCGUCUUAGCUGUACUGGUUGUCAUAUGGGUUUGUGGCGUCAUCUUUGCCGAGAUGAGGGUCUACAUCAAAGUCCGACAAGACUGGCUUACCACUGCCGAACAUCGUUUACGAGCUUCUGCAACCACAGUUUUGGUGAGCGGUAUUCCUGAUAAGUGGCUAAACGAAGAGGCCCUCAAGGGUCUUUUUGAUGUGUUCCCUGGUGGUAUCCGGAACGUAUGGCUUACACGAGACCUCACACACCUCCUGGACAAGAUUAAGAAGCGGGAUGAGGUCCACAAGAUGUUAGAGGAAGCUCAGACCGAGUUGAUUCGAAUGGCGAAGAAAAAGCAGUUAGAGAAGAGGGAGAAAGAAGAGAAAGAAGCACGCAAGGCAACUAAAUCACACCGCCCAACUAAGAGUGAGAAGUUAGAACGCCAAAAACAGGAAGACGCCGCCGCAAAACAACAGGCCGAGGAAGGCGAAGGUGUUAGCAGCGGUGAUCAGCACGACGUGCCCCAUGACAUUCACGAUGCUGAAGAAGAGAUGGAUCACCAGAAAAAAAGCACGAACGAUCCUCUACGGGGAGUCAUGACUGGUAUUUCCAAGAUAACUGGCGGCUUAGGCAAGGGCGUUGAUGGGCUUCUUGGUGGUGCCAAAAACAUUACACACGAUAUCGACGGUCAGAUCGAGACUACCAAUGGCUUUGUGGCGAUAAAAACGCCGCAGGGUCGAUUGGAAGUCCGUACGUCAGGUGAGCGGCAUGUGCGGCUACCGCCUGAUGAAGAUCUCCCUCGGCCUUCUACGCAGGGUUCAGGCCGUCAAAGGAUGUCCGAGGCCGAAGAUAGAGUCAUGGGUUCCUCUGCUGCGCGGCCGAAACAGUCUGGCAGUGCCUCUUUACAUUCUGAUGAUGAAAGGCUUCAGAAAGAGAGUAUCGAGCUGCGACAAUUUGGAAACACCACUCGCAAGUUAGAAAAUAUUGACGAAAUGUACAAUAACGAGCAAGCGAGAUGGUAUGAGUUCUGGAAGCCACCAGCAGGUGGUUUCGCCUCCCCAAUUCCACAAGGGUAUGAAGGCAACGAAUACCCUUUUGGUAAAAAAACAUUCGGCCAAAAGCUUAAAAAAAUGAUCCCGUUUAUGGGAGGCGAGGAAAUUGGACCAGUCGAAUACUCGAAGGCGUAUAAUGACGAGAACACGGAGGACGAAGACGGCACAGCUGAAUGGGAGAAAUGGAUUAAAAGGUCUAAGCGGCCUACCCAUCGCCUUCCCAAUUUUGAAUGGACACCGAGUUGGCUCCCUGGACUGCCGUUUCUGAACAAGAAGGUCGACACAAUAUUUUGGUGUAGGAAAGAACUUGCACGCCUUAACCAUGAAAUUGAGUCGGAUCAACAAAAUCCUGAGCGAUAUCCCGUCAUGAAGUCGGCGUUCAUCCAGUUCAAUCACCAGGUUGCUGCCCAUAUGGCUUGUCAAAGCGUCAUCCAUCACCUACCCAAGCACAUGGCCCCUCGCGUUGUUGAAAUAUCGCCUAAUGACGUUAUCUGGGAUAAUAUGGCCAUAAGUUGGUGGUCCGAAUGGCUCCGAACUGUUAUUGCAAUAGGCGUCGUGUUUGGUAUGAUCGUCCUAUGGGCUACCCCUGUUGCUUUUACAGGUUCGAUCUCUCAGCUCAACAGCUUGAUCCAUACAUUCCCUUGGCUGGGAUUCCUUCGGAGGAGUGAUGCGAUCUGGAGAGUGGCGACUGCAGUUGCCGGUGUUUUACCAGCUAUCCUGCUAGCCCUGUUGCUCUGGUUGGUACCAGUCGUUAUGGAUCUCCUGGCUAGGUUUAAGGGCGCCAAGACAGGAAGCCAGAAGACUGAGGCCGUCCAGCAAUUCUACUUCGCCUUUCUCUUUAUCCAAGUCUUCCUCAUCGUAUCACUGGCCUCCAGUUUUGUGGCCAUUCUCGAGGGUGUGUUGAACAAUCCGACCAGUAUCACUGACACGUUGGCAUCAAAACUCCCUUCUGCGGCCAACUACUUCUUUUCCUACAUGAUUCUUCAAGCACUCAGUGCAAGUUCAGGUACUCUUCUGCAGAUUGGCGCACUUAUUAACUGGUACAUCAUUUCAAAGAUUUUGAACAACACAGCGCGAAACAAGUGGACAACGAACACCAAGUUGCCCAGCGUCAAGUGGGGCAGUUAUUUCCCAGUCUACACUAAUUUUGCCUGUAUUGCACUCGUCUAUUCCGUGAUUGCACCCAUCAUCUCGAUAUUCGCCAUUAUUACAUUCAGUUUAUUAUGGAUUGCCAAUAGGUACAGCAUGCUGUACGUUAAUCGCCUUGAAAUCGAUACAGGUGGCGUGUUAUACCCACGUGCUCUCAACCAGACCUUUACGGGGCUAUACGUUAUGGAUAUUGCACUCAUUGGUCUCUUCUUCAUUCAGACGGACGAGAAAGGAAUCCAUGCUUGCACACCACAGGCUAUUAUCAUGAUCGUUGUGACAAUUCUCACGGCUAUAUAUCAGUUGUUGCUGAACAUGUCAUUUGGGCCAAUGUUCCGGUACCUUCCUAUCACUUUCGAAGACGAGGCUGUGCUCCGCGAUGAAGCGUUCCAACGUGCUCAGGACCGUCGCCUAGGGCUCGUGGAUGAGGACGAUGACAGGAAAGAAUCUAGCGAUGGGGCUUUGCCCACUCAUCGCGAGAGUGCAGAUGCGCCGUCUGAAUAUCGGGAGAAGUACAGCCAUGGCAGUAAACUCAGCAACCUCAAUCCAGUUAAGGGCGUUGUGCGCGCUGGGACGUGGGCUGUGCGCAGUGGCAAGACCACUUACGAUCACACGUUAGGAAGAGCAGAGAAGGGCAUUAAGAAUGCGGCCAAGUUCAGGGAUGAACGCAAGCAGAAAGAUCUUGAAGCGCAGAGAGCCAUAGGUGAGGCUCUAUACGGUGGGUUCCACGACGAAAUCGAGGAUUUAACGCCGGAGGAGCGCGAUGUACUCGUCCGUCGAGCGUUUGUGCAUUCGGCGCUACGAGCGCGACGGCCGACUCUGUGGAUCCCACAUGAUGAUCUGGGAAUCAGCGACGACGAAAUCAAGCGGACGCGAGAGUUGAGCGAGCAUAUCUGGAUAUCCAACGAGGGUACGGCCCUGGAUAGCAAGGUGCGAGUCGUUUACGGGCGGGCACCACCCGACUUCUCGGAAUUAGACAUCAUUCAGCUGUAGACUGACAAGUCGAGGGAUACGGAAAUGAACUGUACAUAGCCAGCAUAAACCGGGAGUCUUUCUUUUUUGCAUUGUAUACCUGGCGUACAGGUACAGAUACGGAGGGAGGGAUUCGUUAUACCCCCAUUGAAAUUUGCGUUAGAUAUUAUGAGAUACUGAAUACGAGUAUUUGAAGUAUAGAAAGUAAAUGCGUU